ACAUUUUUACAGCCCUGGCUUCGAACAGCUGUUCAUUAUUGCGUACUUUAUAACUGUGCACAGAUAAAUAAAAUGUUGCGUCAACUUUUGUGCUCCACAGCUGCGCGCCGUCUGCUGCUGCCGCUGGCCACGCCCAAACGCUGUCUGAGCAGCAAACCAAAUGGUCUCGACAAAAGCGAGUACUCCACGCCUCCCGAGGUGAUUGACUACGAGGAUCCGGAAGGUUUGCCGGUGCCGGAGUAUCCAGUGCGACCCGACGAGCCACUCGCGACACGCAAGCAGCGGCUUUUGUAUCAGUCGCGCAAACGCGGCAUGUUGGAGAAUGAUCUGCUGCUGAGCACCUUUGUGGCAAAGUAUCUGAAGGAUUUCGACGAGGAUGAGACCGCGCUGUACGACAAGCUCAUCAAUGGGGUUAGCAACGAUUGGGAUAUCUAUUAUUGGGCCACGGAAACAAAGCCCACGCCGCCCGAAUAUGAUACGGAUAUUAUGAAAUUGUUGAAGCAGCAUGUCAAGAAUACGGAGCGUGUGCAGCGCAUUAGGCAGCCGGAUUUGUAGAUUAGUAUUAUAUAAUAAUAUAAACUGUAUAUUAGAUAAUCCAAGUGCUUGUUAAUGGUAUGUUUUUUUUUUCUGUGCUACAAACAAUGUGAAAUAAACUUAAAAUAACAGCUGUGAGUUCUGUUAACUUUAACAGCUGUUGCAAUGUUAACGCGGAUCAAAAGAAGUACAAAAAUUGUCUUGUUUUUAGCUUUCUUGAAAUACACAUAUGUUGACAUGUAUAUAUAUAUAUGCAUACGUAUAUGUAUAUUUAAACGAUGUCAGUUGUAUAUACUUAUCGAUUAAGUUUUAGUUGCUACUACAGCGAAAUAUUACACUUAAAACUUUUGCUCUUAUGAAAAAUUCAUCGAAAUUUGUUUUGCAUUUUUUUUGUCGCACCCAAAUAUAAAUUGGGGCUCAGCUCGGAUAUUGUUCACAUCUCGCAAUAAGUAUAAUGAAUUUUAGUUUAUUUGAAUUGUUCACAAUGUUUCAGUUAGCUAUAUAUAUUGUUGUUUUUUUUUUCUCAGAUUGCAUUUGAUUUAAGCGAUUAAAUUGUUGUAAACUCUAGUUUAAAGUUAAAUGAACGUACAGCUUUUAAAUAUGCUAAA